CCAGCGCUGCACUACAGCGAAAGACUUAGUCAAGAAGGCCCUGUCUCAAAAGGAAAACGGACUCCACCAUAAAAGAGGCGAAGCUUUCUCUGUCCGGGACCAAGAGACUCUGGAGAAGAAGCAGCUCUUGCACUUGCAGAGUCGAAGCCACGGUCUGGAGUUCAUUCUCUGCAUAGACCAAGUCCCAGCAUGGCAGCAACCAAGAUGAGUUUGAAGCUUCUUGUCGACAAGAGAAACCAGACCGUGCUCUUUGCCGAAGCCGAGAAGGACUUUGUGAAUUUCCUUUUCCAUUGCCUGGCUUUGCCGGUCGGAACUAUUAUGAGUCUCCUCACCAAAGCAGGCACGGUGGGUGGCAUUGGCAAUCUUUACGGGAGUGUCGAGAAUCUCGGUGACACAUUCAUUAAACCUAGAGAGAAAGAUGUUCUUUUGAAUCCCAAGACACAGAGGUCCAGUCCAGAUGUUCUGCUCUCAUUGUUGCCCGAGGCUCCACCUUCUGUGCCAAUUACCUACUACGCUUGUCCUCGUAUUUCCAGUGAUCUCUUCGGUGUAAACACCUCAUGCCGUAGCUGUGUGACGGGUUCCCCUUCUACGAAAUGUCCUGGUUGCAACGACGUGAUGAGCAAGAAAUUGUCAUGGGUCGUGGGACCAGAUGCCGAUGCCGCAUCCUCGGCUGAGGUACCUGGUGGGGAGGGUGGUUAUGUGACAGGCGUCACAUACAUGGUGACGGACGAACUGGUUGUGAAGCCCAUGUCCCCUAUCUCUUCCAUUACUCUCCUCAAGAGGUUCAAUGUGCAAGAAAUCGAGGAUCUUCAAGAGAAGGUCGUCGACUUCGGCUUGGAUGAGGUAAGGCCUGCAAAACUCGCAACCUCUUACAAAUAUUUGAACGAGAUUUGAAAUUCUACAAUAACACCUGAGGGUUUUUUCGACUGGUAAAUGUUCUAAGCUAUUGCAAUGCUUAUGUGAGAUCGGAAGGCUCGAUCCAUCCGAUUACUAUUUUGUUAACUCAUCAACUAAGAGCACAUCAAUCCUCGGUUAUACAGAAGAAGAAACUGAAGAUUCCUGUAAACACUUAUCUGAGUCUCUGUAUGCUUUAACACCCGCAGCCCACAAUAGUUCUUCAACUUACAUUUAUGAUUCAGUUCUGAAUAUGUUAGCUAUUGCAAAAGCGCUAUUACCGUUUCUUAUAAAGGCAGCCGCGCUGUACUUUCUCGAGUACCCCUUUUUUACUUGUCUUGCUCUAU